AUGCAUUCCUUCAACAUUCUUCUUUCUUCUUCUCUCUUCGCCUUGACCCAGGCUCACUCUGUCAUCCUCGGUGCUCAGGGUCUCGAUUCCUCCCCCAACAGUGUGGGAUUCCAAGUCGAUCCCGAGAUUGCUCGCAACUGCAUCACCAUCAACCCCUGCCAACAAGAUGCUACCAUCAUCCGCGAUGCCGAGAUCACUGCCAACAUUGUGAACCAGUGUGGCCGUACUGAGAUCUCUGGAAACAUCGAUGUCGGCGAGAACACUGAGAACGCCAUCGCUGCCAAGCAGGUCACUCAGGUUGAGGCUGGUGGUGAGCUUACUGUCACUAUCCACCAAGUCAACGCCGAUGGUGCUGGUCCUUAUGUCUGUGAUCUCGACGAGAGCAGCAACACAAACACCAACAUCCAGAACUUGACCGUCACUAACAAUAUCCCCGGAACAAAUGGUCUCUCUCAAGCCAAGACACAGGCUUUCAACAUCACCGUCAAGAUGCCCGAUGACCUCAACUGCUUCGGUGCCUCUACCGGAAACAUCUGCACUGUCCGAUGCCGCAACAACGCUCUUGCUGGCCCCUUUGGUGGCUGUUUCGCCGUCCAGCAGGCCGACACCGACAAGAAGACCAACACUCCCCAGAACAUCAAGACCACUCAGACCCUGAAUGGCAUCAACGCUCAGAUCCUCCAGAACCAGAAGGAUUUCGAGGACUCCGUCGCUGCCAACGAGAACGCCACUUCUGAUGAGGCUGCUCAGAACAAGGCUGCUGUCGAUGCCCUUCUCGGUGCUACCGUUGUGACAUCUGCUUUCGCUACCGAGACUCCUACUGUUGACCUUGGCCGACCUCCUGUUGCUACUCCUGACCCCAACGAGGGCAAGGAUGGCCAGGCUGGUGACAACAACGGAGGCAACAAUGGUGGUAACAACGGCGGUAACAACGGAGGCAACAAUGGCGGAAACAAUGGUGGUAACGGAGGUAACAACGGAGGUAACAACGGAGGUAACGGUGGCAACGGUGGUCAAGGAAACAAUGGCCAAGGAGGACAAGGAAACAACCAGGGUGGCAACGGUGGAAACGGAGGCAACCGAGGUGGUAACCGAGGAGGCAAUGGCGGUAACCCCUUUGGAGGUAACGGUGGCAACCCCUUUGCUGGUGGUAACGGACAAAAGGCCAAGCGUGGCUUCAGCAUCCGCCGCAUGUCCAAGCGAACUGUCUUUUAA